AUGAUGAGAAUCGGCUUGUGGCACAGAGGCCACGCGGGCUCUUCUCCAGGCUCCCGAUGGAGCCCCGGCCCGGCGGGGCUGCGGGCCGGCACCGCGGCUCCCCUGGCAGCAGCCGGCCCUCUGCCCCUGCCCUCGGGAGCCCGGCGCCGGCGGCUGCUGGCAGCGCCUCAGGGCUCUGCGGGCAGGGGAGGCCGGGGCAGGGCGCAGGCAGCGCCCGGUCCAGGGGCUGAGCCUGCGCCAACCCGUCCCUCCUGCCGCUCUCUCCAGCUGGCAGAGGACAGGAGCAGAGCGGCCGAAUACCUGCGCCGGGCCCUGUCCUACCUGCAGAGCCCACAGGAGUCCCUGCGAGCGGCGGCCAUCAGGUUCAUGGGGAUGGCCGCGCAGCACCUGAGGGGGAAGAAGGAAGAGCUCCGGCUCAUCUGCAACGCCCUUGAACACCUGACAGAGGACAUCAGCAGUGCCGUGUCAGAUCUGGCACUUGAAACGUUGUAUGUCCUCCAGGCACUGCAGAGUGAGCGUUAUUCCGUCUUCCAGAGGAUGCAAGACCAGCUCCACAGGGCAUGGAGGACACGGCCUCGUCUGUCGGGGCUCGGCUGGCUGCGCUGCUGGAGCUCUGCAGAGAAUUGAUGCCGGAGGCUCUGUCUGCUGGAGCCACCUGAGCCAGCGGGAAUUUUCCAUUUCUUUAAGACUGUUCUUUUCUUCUUUUUGUUUGUUUCUUUAGUAUAUGAAUAUAGUGUGUUAUAAUACACAGA